CCGCCUUAAUGCGAGCUAAUGUAGAAUUGUACCCGAAGGCAUCUAUCCCUCCCGUCGAAAGCUUGCACAUUACCCUUAAGUUUAUUGGUGAGGUUGAUGAAGCGCGGGUCCCAUCUAUCAUUGCCUCGCUCUCCCAUACCACUGCGCUUCGGGAACGGCACAGUAGCUCCGCCCACGGAAAUGAUGGCCUGGCUACACUCAACGUAUCGGUCGAUAAAGUAGGCAUCUUUUCAAGAACAGGCGUUGUUUACGCAAACGUCGUACCGACCCCGGCACUCAGCUCACUCGCGUCGUUCGUGGAGAGCACUCUUCACACACACUGUUCCUUCCCAAGGGAUAACCGGCCGUACCAUCCUCACAUAACCCUAGCUCGGAUCAGGCGUGCUCGGGGAAGGGGGGCCACUCAGAAUUCCCGCACGGAGGAUCCAAUUCUUCACGGUUUCGUAACGCAGAGCUUCGUAGCAUCGAGCUUUGCAUUGUAUAGAAGUCAUAGGGCUGGGAACAAAGCUGACGAUCAUCCCAGUUCUUCGAGGAAGGAUGAAGGGGGGAAGUCGAACGUCUAUGAAAUAUUACAUUCUUGGGAUUUCGAACUGCCGACAGAACUACCAACAGACACUCGAGUCGAAGCAUCUGGCCAGACUGUUCCCGCCACCGGCCAUCAAACAGUACAAACAGUACAGUCCUCAUCUUGAUCGCACACUGAUCCAAUACAUAAGCUGCAUACUGCUUUUAAUUGAUCAUGUUUUACAAUCCACGUUUCCCAUUUUUCCAAGUAUGAGGGCAAAAGAAACAUAGGCAUCAUGAAGGCGAAAGGGGGCGCAGAGGAUAUAUGUGAUGGGUG